CGAUUGAUGAGACGAUGGAAGUUUCCCUGUUCGCCUUCUGAUUGGAAUCAAGUUUGGGAAGGGUUGUCAAAUGGUUGGAUGGAGAAGAUUGUGUGGAUGAUGGUGGAUAUUGAGGAGGAUUCGGAAAUUGUUGCGGCUGUUGUCGUGUCUGGCGUUUUUGGCUCGAAAAAAACCUCCUUGUUGACUCUUCUUGACUGCAUCUUUUUUCCAGAAAAUAUUCUUAGACUCACUACCCUGGACUGUUUGCUGAGAUUUAUCCAUGGUCACGUCCUACUUCUUGUUGCUGCUGGCUCGUUAGGAAGCAUGCCAUCGACUCUGAACAAAGAGUCCGUUUAA